GAUCUUAUUAUAUGUACUGUUUCUUUACCCUUCCCCCACCCCCUUCCUUUUUUUUUUUGACAAAAUCAUCCAAAUGCAGAUGAUAUGGGCUGCUGACUUUGAUGAAUCCUUGGCUCACAAUUUAGAGGAGAACUGUCUGGGGCCAUCAAUCAUAGAGCUCUCAAGGGACUUUGGAUCAGAAAUGAAAGAGGAAGGCACAGAAUAUGGAAAUGGUAGUUUAAAGGGCACCUUACAGUCAAACCAAGGAACUGAGGAGCAUUUGAUACCUGAUAAUGAUGGAAUAAAAUCAGCGUCCACUUAUCACUUCUGUGGCUUGACAAGGAGUUUUUGGUCUAAAAAUGAACACCUACUAUCAUGCAGUAUUAUCUCAACUGGGAAUGGAGAUGAUGAGCUACCUGUCUUUUGUGUAGCAGCAGUUCUUAUCAUGAACCACCAUAAGAUUGUCAAGGAAACCCAUUCAAUUGAUGACGUGAUAAAGAUUGUCAAUGAUGAGCUACUGAAGAUAUGUGUCAAAAUAUGCUUACGAACAGCAAUCAAAAUGCAGAAAAAGUACUUUUCAAAGCUAAUCAAGAUACAAAGGUCUACAGCUCCUUCUUCUGAGUAGGUCCAUGCCAUUUCCUGCCUAUUCUGGUGGAAAUAUUAGAGCAUGGCAGUCAGGGCUAUUAUGUGGAGCCUAGAAUCCCUGCUGUGGACAUGGCAUGGGAAAAAUUGGUUACCCUUGAUCUUUUAUGAUUGAAGUCACUAGAAAGAUCGGGAAGAAGAUUCCAAGAAGAUACAUUUUUCUUGUGGUGCAGCUAGGACAGUGAACUGAGCGUGAUCUGUCUCUUUUCCUUUUGUAAGUUACUAUUCUUGUAUAUCUAUAUAACAAAUAAUUUGGGUCAAA